AUGUUCGUUCGUCAACGAGUUUUUAAUACAUGCUUAAAACAUUUAACACCACGAAUUAGUCAUGAACAAUCUUCAAUAGUUCGAGCAACAAUUCAAGGGCAAAGUAUUCGUCACAAAAGCGAUUCGAAAGAUGUAUCUAAAGCUAGUGGUGGCAAAGUCAAAGGAAAUAUUAUUGGUAUUGAUUUAGGUACAACAAAUUCAUGUGUUGCUAUUAUGGAAGGCAAAUCACCUAAAGUACUUGAAAAUGCUGAAGGUAUGCGAACAACACCAUCAGUAGUAGCAUUUACAAAAGAUAAUGAACGUCUUGUUGGUAUGCCUGCUAAACGUCAAGCAGUAACAAAUCCUCAAAAUACAUGUUAUGCAACAAAACGUCUUAUUGGAAGAAAAUUUAAUGAUGAAGAAGUUAAAAAAGAAAUGCAAAGUGUAUCAUUUAAAAUAGUACGUGCAUCUAAUGGUGAUGCAUGGGUUGAAGCCAAUGGUAAAAUGUAUUCACCAAGUCAAAUAGGUGCUUUUGUUUUAAUGAAAAUGAAAGAAACAGCUGAAAAUUAUUAUGGUUCACCAGUAAAAAAUGCUGUUGUUACUGUUCCAGCUUAUUUUAAUGAUUCACAACGACAAGCAACAAAAGAUGCUGGUCAAAUAGCUGGUUUAAAUGUUCUUCGUGUUGUUAAUGAACCAACAGCAGCUGCACUUGCUUAUGGUCUUGAAAAAACAAAUGAUAAAAUUAUUGCAGUAUAUGAUCUUGGUGGUGGUACAUUUGAUAUAUCAAUACUUGAAAUGCAAUCAAAUGUAUUUGAAGUACGUUCAACAAAUGGUGAUACAUUUUUAGGUGGUGAAGAUUUUGAUAAUGCUUUACUUAAACAUCUUGUAUCUGAAUUUAAAAAAGAAAGUGGUAUCGAUAUAACAAAAGAUCCACAAGCAAUGCAACGUUUAAGAGAAGCUGCAGAAAAAGCUAAAUGUGAAUUAUCAUCAGCAGCACAAACAGAUAUUAAUUUACCUUAUUUAACAAUGGAUAAAUCAGGUCCAAAACAUAUGAAUUCAAAAAUAACUCGUGCACAAUUUGAAAAUCUUGUUGCUCAUUUAAUUAAACGAACUGUUGAUCCAUGUAAAAAAGCUAUUAAAGAUGCCGAUGUUAAAUUAUCAGAUAUUAAUGAAGUUAUUCUUGUUGGUGGUAUGACUCGUAUGCCUAAAGUACAACAAACUGUUCAAGAACUUUUUGGUAAACCACCAAAUAAAUCUGUUAAUCCUGAUGAAGCUGUUGCUAUGGGUGCUGCUAUUCAAGGUGGUGUACUUGGUGGUGAUGUAACUGAUCUUCUUCUUCUUGAUGUUACGCCACUUUCAUUAGGUAUUGAAACAUUAGGUGGUGUAUUUACAAAACUUAUUAAUCGUAAUACAACAAUACCAACAAAGAAAAGUCAAGUUUUUUCAACUGCUGCUGAUGGUCAAACACAAGUUGAAAUUAAAGUACAUCAAGGUGAACGUGAAAUGGCUGCUGAUAAUAAAUUACUUGGAAGAUUUAACUUAGUCGGUAUUCCACCUGCACCACGUGGUGUUCCACAAAUUGAAGUUACAUUUGAUAUUGAUGCUAAUGGUAUUGUACAUGUAUCAGCACGUGAUCGUGGUACUGGAAAAGAACAACAAAUUGUUAUUCAAUCGAGUGGUGGUUUAAGUAAAGAUGAUAUAGAAAAUAUGGUUCGUGCUGCUGAAAAAUAUUCAGCUGAUGAUAAGAAACGACGUGAAAUGGUUGAAGAAGUUAAUCGUGUUGAAUCAAUAUUACAUGAUACAGAAUCAAAAAUGGAAGAAUAUAAAGAUCAAUUACCAUCAGAUGAAUAUUCGAAAUUAAAAGAAGGUGCUUCAAAAUUACGUGAAAAAUUAUCAAAUAAAGAUAAUGAAUCUGUUCAAAAUAUAAAAGAAGCAGCUGAUGAAUUUCAAAGACAAAGUUUGAAAUUAUUUGAAACAGCUUAUAAAAAAAUGCAAUCUGAUCGUGAAAGUUCUCAAUCAUCAUCAUCAUCAUCAUCAUCGGGUGGUUCUACAUCAUCUGAUCAACAACAAGAAUCCGAUGAAGAUAAAGAUAAAGAUAAUAAGAACAAAUAG